AUGGUGAUGCCGGCCACGCCGACCGCCCCGCUGGCGGUGGCCCUGAAGGUGCUGCUGGACCAGGCGCUGCAGACGCCGCUGGGCUACUGCCUCUUCUUCUCAUCCAUGAAGCUGCUGGAGGGACGCCCGGCGGAGGCGGCGCCGGCGAUCAGGGCCAAGCUGGUGCCGACGCUGGUUGCUAACUGGUACGUGUGGCCGGCGGCGCAGCUCAUCAACUUCACGGUGGUGCCCCUUGACCUGCGCAUCCUGUAUGUUAACGUCGUCAGCAUCGCCUGGACGGCCUUCAUAUCCAACGUCGCCAACAGCGACGCCGCGGCCGCGCCCGCGGCGCCAGACGCGCCGCCCGCCGGCGCGCGGGCGGGGCGGGAGCAGGAGGCCGCGGCGCAGCUGGCGGUGGCGCGCGGGCGCGGCAGGCGCGGGCGCACGGCAGCGCUGUAG